GUCACAAACAGUCGAGCUAACUCAGGGAGAGGCUCGAGCUUCAUUAUGUAUCAUUAUACCGGUCCGCGCCGCGCGGUGUGCACUGCAGUUACUGGUAUAGACGCGCGUGUGUGGUUCCGUAUCCUGCCUUCCCUCUAAACGUUACGACGUGCUUGAACGAAACCGCGAACACGCCGUUUAUAUUCUUUCCUUCUUUUUCUUCUUAUUCUUGGUGUCAUUGAAAGGGUGGAAAAUUUCGUGUCGCAAAGAUUCAACGGAUACAUCUCGAUUUACUAUCAAGUUGAUAAGAGUGUAGUUAUUGGUGAGUCUGUGGAUAUCAUACCAGUUCAGUGGACGUAAGGUGUUAAAAAUUAUAACUGAACUGGUCUAUAAAAAACACUGUCAUCACAUCAAUUGGAAAAUAUGCUCGCUAAUAAAAUUGGAGCGUAAUUGCUUUUGUGAUCACACUUGAGGUUGACCGACGGGCAAUUAGCACAAAUGGUUGGGACGUGAAUGAUAGUUAUUAUUUUCCGUGGAUCUUUGACGAACGGUCUUUGGUCUUGUUGAUCAUAACCAACUAUCACUUUGGAUUUUGGAGCCAGUGAUCAAGUGAUUUCAACAUUUAGUGUGCUAUUUUCUUUAACUCACUUGAGUUUUAAUUAAUAUCAUGUCGACAUUUUUACAUAGUGCCAUUCAGACUGGUACCUGGACAAAAAGCUGACCUAUCAUAUUAAACACACUGUACACUAGCUAUCAUACUACUGAAGAUUAUUGAAUUAAGUGUACGCAGUUUUGGGAUUCAUUGACAAAACACGACGUACACUAGAUACAUUGAAAUAAAUUUAUUGCGUGUGAAAUAAUAAACGUGUUUAUCACAUAUUCCAAUAAUCCUUUCAUUAGUGCGCGAGUGUUGCAAGUGUCUAGUGACAUGAACAUCCAUCAGUGAAUUACCCUGAGGAAUAUUAAGUAACAAAGUAAUUCAACUAAUUGACAAGAAAAGUGAUUGAGUGUAAAAAUAGUUAAAGAACCCUUGAUAUGUCAUUAUCAUAAUCUACAACAAGGAGUAAAAUUAUUUAAAUCUUUUACGUAGUGUCAGCCGACGCGAGAGCAUCGGCAAGCCCCAAGAUUCGGGCUCCGUGCGGCUUUCGAGUCGCGGCGACGUCGGCAAGUGCCGUGUUCGACGUCGACGUCGCGAUAAAGGUGGAUCGUCCAGGCAGCACGACGACGCUCAAUUUUACGGAUCUGGGGAGCCCCUUCGGGGCGGGCGACCCCUGUCCGUCUAGCACCCCGACCCCGAACAGCAUGUCGGGUGGUCCUGCGACGGGAACCGGUGCUGGCAGUGGUUCCGCCGGUGCUGGUGGAGGUUCUGACAUGGAUCAACAUCUUCACCAUGGAGGAUUGGGCUCAGUAACACCUGGACCACCUGGUAAUGGUGGUGACAGCGCAUCUAGCACACCAGUAUCUCAAUCAGGAAAAAGUGCAUUCAUCGAAUUACAACACAACAAUCUUUAUAAUCCUGCAGGCUUAAGAUAUUCUGGUGGACAUAAUGUCCCAGGAAGUCAUCAAUUUUCACACCAAGUCAGCUCUUUGGGUCAUCAAAGUUCUGGCCCAGGUAGUGGUAAUCAACAACAUGCAGACGCUGGUUUUCCAAGUCCGCGAUCAGCUCUUGCCGGUUAUCCGUUCGCGCCAAUGCAUCAACACAAUGCCUAUGGAUAUCAUAUUGGAUCAUACGCACCACAAUGUCCCUCGCCGCCCAAGGACGGUGAGUACCCCAACUGGUGGUGUAUGUUCGCAGACCUCUCGCCCUUGGGUGAUAAAGGUGGCAGCCUUGUAGACGAGCUUGGCGGUGGUGGUGGAGGAUCUCUGAGAAAUGGCAAAGGCAAAAAGAUGAGGAAACCCAGAACUAUCUACAGCAGUCUCCAACUGCAGCAAUUGAACAGGCGGUUCCAGAGGACACAGUAUUUGGCGUUACCUGAAAGAGCAGAAUUAGCAGCUAGCUUGGGAUUGACGCAGACACAGGUGAAAAUCUGGUUCCAGAAUAGGAGGAGUAAAUACAAGAAGAUGAUGAAGGCAGCACAGCAGGGUGGCGGUGGUGGUGGUCAACAUGGUAGUCUCUUAGCUGGUGGUCCAUCACCUCAACCUGGACAACCUGGAGGUCUCAUGCAAGGCGGUGGAGGAAGUUCAGUAUCCGGAAGCCCCACGACGGGUUAUCUUGGUGGAAUAGGACCUGGUGGUGGUGAAAACACUCCUGGCAGUUCGACACCCGGAAGUGAUAUGUCACCUCAGCACAACGAGAGCCCUCCGGCGCCUGCUUGGACAGGCGAGAUGAAGCAUCAUCCACAUUCACACGCUCCACCCCACACUCACCAUCAUCCUCACACGCCUGGUCAUCAUCCUCCUCCGCCGCCUCCACCACCACAUCACGCAGGAUACAUGCCGCAGUAUUCAUGGUACCAAGCAGAUCCUAACCCGGGAUUACUCACGUGAGUGUGAGUUUGGCCAGCAGUGUAACGAAGACAUUGGAAAUUAUAAUGUCUUGACGACUCUACAUAAAAAUGAAUGGAGAUCGUGAAAGUGUGUGCUGCUUACACGCAGGAUUGAAAAAAAGAAACAUCUCAAGGAGAAGGAGAGUUGAAAAAUAUUGAGGAUCUUCAUCAAUUCAGUGCAACAGAAGGUGUCCUAGAAAAUGCAAAAAAAAAAAAAAAAAUAAACAAUAAAAAUUGAAUUGUCGAAUGUGUAAAUGUUUAUAGUGUUUAAUUAAAAAUAAAAUUUGACAAUAUGUCACAUUACCUCGGACUUGACGAAUGUGAAAGCCUUGAUUAAGUGUUUAUUUGUCGGUAACGAACGCUAGAAGAUUGUUAGAAAAAUUAAAGUCAUAAACAUCAAGUUCCCUUAUAUUCUGAUUCCCGCGUGACGUUGUUCCAAGUUGGUCAAUUUGACCUACUUCUUUUUCUUCUUCCGCGAGUUCUUGCAACGGUACUCGAGGGGAAGAAUCCAGCAGCAGCAACAGAUGACUGCUUGUCCAUUGCACAAGCGUAUCUCGGGACAAUAAAAGACAACCCGUAGACUUGCCUUACAGCGGUUUGAAUUAAUGAAAUUGUAAUGACAUUUUCGUGAGUAAAACGAGGCAAUUGUAGUGGCAAUGCAGUUGGUGUCUUAUUGCUGUCUUGACAGAUGAAGUAAGAGACAUGAGAUCGUGGAAGAGACUGACAGGAGGUCGGGGAGAGAGAAAAAAAUCAUAACAUAUUUUCAUCAAGCCAGUAGCUAAAUUUUUAAAUUAAUAUACAAUUUAAUAUAUUAAUAUGCAAAUGAUGAUUUUUAAUAAAUAAAUUAUGUUUUAUAUUUGAUUUGACUUAAAUUGUUGUAUUUUUAAGCUUUCUCUCUCCUCAUUUCUCCAAGGAACUCACUAUUCUGUAGGGAAAAAAUUCGUUAUUUGAGAGGUUCCUUCUAAAUUGAGGUUCCAAAGAAUUAUAAAAUUGUGCGUUGCGGUCAGUUUCUCACAAGUUGGCUUUUGUCGUUGUCUGUUCGUGUACUAAGACCGCAGGAAGAACGCGCGUGGCUGCGCCUUUACUCAUUGCGGUAACAAGUCACGGAAAACAUAGGGAAGAUUGACAGCGAUGAAGCUUUAUACCAAUUUGACCUAUAAAAUCAUCCUACUAUGAGAAUGCGGUCUCAAAAUUUUUUUUCUUCCUCCUGGUUUCUUUUGAGGUUGUCUUGAAAAACGUGAAAAAUAAAUAUAUGAAUAAACAAUUCAGAUUCUCCGUGCACCUGAUAAUGUUCUUUUGAUUGAAAUGAAUUUCUUAGAACAGAUAAUUCAUCCGAUGAUUGUGUGCAAUAUAAAUAAAAUAAAUUUCAAAAUAAUAUUGGUUAUAAAUAAUCAAGCAUUAUUGUAAUUAAAUUUCAAAACAAAAUGUUAAAAAAAUUGUUCACUUGAAUGUAGGAAUGGAACAAUAAAAUUUUUUUUUUCUGUAAAAUGUUUGCGUAUUUUAAUUAAAGAAUAUGAUACGAGUAUAUAUGGCAAUAUACUCGAUUUUAUUGAUUAACGCAUGGAAAAGCAUAGUGUGGAAAAUAGCAGCAUAUGUUUGUGAGCCAUAAGAACUGGUUAAUGGGAGAAUAGAAAAGGAAAUAAGGGAGGAGGAAGAAAAAGAAGAAAAAUGCAGUAAAGGUCUGACGAAACUGAAAAUUAUUUCUAGAGAAACGCAACAUGCAUAAGGAUAUAUAAAAGGAGUUGAGUCGGUGUUAUAGAGUUUACUAGCCAAAGAGGGCAUACAUUAUAAUAACGAGUACGUACUGUGCCGCUUAUUUCUCGUCGCGCCCUUUUAGAAAGAUGUUAACGCCCCUCUCACAAGUCCUUGCGAACUGCCGAAGGAUCAUCUCGAUAAAAAAUGUCAGACAUUUGCGUGAGAGAACUAGAGAGAAUGUAAUAAAGACCCUGAGGAUUACUACGUAGAAUUUCCUAGAAUUAUUUGCGUCUUGGCGUGAUACAGGAAGAAUCGAUAUUCUACGAUUUUCGACAGUCUUUCUGUUCUGUAAAUAAAAAGCCGGGAGCCCCAAUUUUAGAAUUAAGUUAUAAGUGGAUCUGUGUAAAAUAUAAAGUUGUGAUCUAAGAUUGUAAAAAAGUCCGUACACAUAAGAGUUGGAUUGCAUAGAAUAAACUUUAACGAAACAGAAUAAAAUAAUAAAUAAAUUACUGAAUUAUCUGUGUGACAAGAGUAUGAAACAUGAACAGAGAAUUGUUGUAAUGCUAACAAGAUUGUAAUGUACAAGUGAAUGUACAAGAUAAAAGAGUAAGAUGUUGUCUAUUAUACGAUAUAAAUUAGAGAAAGUCAUUCAUUCCUUUUCCUUCAAAUCCUUUCAUUCCUUCACAUUGAUUCUACCCCUGCCAUCUCUUGUUCGUCCUCUCCACUCCUUAUCCUUAUGUCCUUCUAUACGAAUAUAGAUAUUAUAAAGAAAACUAAAAUACCUUAACUAUCAUAACUAUUGUAUAAAUAUGAAUAAUAACUAAUUAAUUCAAUUUAAA